CCCCCGGGCCGAGCGCCGAGCCCGGAGCCCGCCGCGCAGCAUGGCCGCCCCGCCGCCCCGCCGCCCGCUCGCCUAGGCGCUGCCCGCCGGGCGGGGAUCAUGGCCAGCGCGGCCGAGCCCCCGGGCCAGGCGGCCGAGUACCUGCGGGAGCUCACCCGCAUCGUGGCGGCGCAGCAGGAGCUGCUGGCGCGCCGGCGGCGGCGCAUCGAGGAGCUGGAGCGCCAAGUGGCCCGGCUGAGCCGCGAGAACGCCGGCCUGCACGAGCGCCACCGGCGCCACCUGGCCUCGUGCGCCCGCCGCCCCGACCCUGCGCCCGGCCCCGCGCCCCCGCUGCACGCCAUCCCCGAGCUCGGGGGCCUCCGCGACAAUGUGGAGGGCGAGGUCCCCAGCAGCGAGACUGGCACAUCCCUGGACAGCACGUCGACCUACCACCAGGGGCCCCCGGUGUCCGGGGCCGGCCUGAGCCCUGACCACUACGAGCGCGCGGCCGUGGGGGCCUAUGGGCUGUACGGGGGCCCGGCGGGGCAGCGCGCACGAAGGCCCAAGCUGCAGCACUCCACCUCCAUCCUGCGCAAGCAGGCCGAGGAGGAGGCCAUCAAGCGCUCGCGCUCGCUCUCCGAGAGCUAUGAGCUCUCCUCUGACCUGCAGGACAAGCAGGUGGAGAUGCUAGAGCGGAAGUAUGGGGGGCGCCUCGUGACCCGCCAUGCAGCCCGCACAAUCCAGACGGCCUUCCGCCAGUACCAGAUGAACAAGAACUUCGAGCGUCUGCGCAGCUCCAUGUCCGAGAACCGCAUGUCGCGCCGCAUCGUGCUGUCCAACAUGAGGAUGCAGUUCUCCUUCGAAGGGCCCGAGAAGGUGCACAGCUCCUACUUCGAGGGCAAGCAGGUCUCUGUGACUGACGACGGCACCCCUCUGGGGCCCCUGGGGCCCCCCGAGUGCGCCGACCUGGCCGCGCCUCCCGCCCUGCAGCCCCCGGCCCCUGCUGGCGACUUCAGCGACGCCAUCACGGAGCUAGAAGAUGCCUUCUCGCGGCAGGUGAAGUCCCUGGCCGAGUCCAUCGACGAUGCCCUCAACUGCCGCAGCCUACACACCCCCGAGGAGGCACCUGUACCCGAGGCCAGCCGCGCCCGGGACGCGGAGCCCAAGCCGGCCCUGCACAGCGUGGACCCCCGGCAGCUGGACGAGAUGACCGCCUCCUACAGCGACGUCACUCUGUACAUUGACGAGGAGGAGCUGUCGCCACCACCGCUGUCCCUGUCGCAGGCCGGACACCGGCCAGGCAGCGCCGAGUCAGACCUGCGGCUGCGGGUGGGGGGCUCGGCCCCUGACUACUGGGCCCUGGCCCACAAGGACAGCAAGGGGGAUACGGACACGAGCUACCGCAGCACACCCUCGCUAGAGCGGCAGGAGCAGCGGCUGCGGGUGGAGCACCUGCCCCUGCUUACCAUCGAGCCGCCCAGCGACAGCUCAGUGGACCUCAGCGACCGCUCAGACCGCGGCUCCCUCAAGCGGCAAGGCGCCUAUGAACGCGGGCUGGGUGGCCAACAGGGCAGCCCCAAGCACGGCCCCCUGGGCGGCGCCCCCAAGGGCCUGGCCAGGGAGGAGCCCGAGCUGCGGGCCCGGCCCCCCAGGCCCCUGGACAGCCACCUGGCCAUCAAUGGCUCGGCCAACCGACAGAGCAAGUCCGAGUCAGACUAUUCUGACGGGGACAAUGACAGCAUCAAUAGCACUUCCAACUCCAAUGACACCAUCAACUGCAGCUCUGAGUCUUCGUCACGGGACAGCCUGCGCGAGCAGACGCUCAGCAAGCAGACCUACCACAAGGAGACGCGCAACAGCUGGGACUCACCUGCCUUCAGCAACGACGUCAUCCGUAAGAGGCACUACCGCAUCGGCCUCAACCUCUUCAACAAGAAGCCUGAGAAGGGCGUGCAGUACCUUAUCGAGCGUGGCUUCGUGCCUGACACGCCAGUGGGGGUGGCCCACUUCCUGCUGCAGCGCAAAGGCCUCAGCCGGCAGAUGAUUGGCGAGUUCUUGGGCAACCGGCAGAAGCAGUUCAACCGUGAUGUGCUCGACUGCGUGGUGGAUGAGAUGGACUUCUGUGCAAUGGAGCUGGACGAGGCACUCAGGAAGUUCCAGGCACACAUCCGCGUGCAGGGGGAGGCCCAGAAGGUGGAGCGGCUCAUUGAGGCCUUCAGCCAGCGCUACUGCAUCUGCAACCCCGGGGUGGUGCGGCAGUUCCGGAACCCCGACACCAUCUUCAUCUUGGCUUUCGCCGUCAUCCUGCUCAACACCGACAUGUACAGCCCCAACGUCAAGCCCGAGCGCAAGAUGAAGCUGGAGGACUUCGUCAAGAACCUCCGGGGGGUAGAUGACGGCGAGGACAUCCCCCGGGAGAUGCUGGUGGGCAUCUACGAGCGGAUCCGCAAGCGGGAGCUGAAGACCAACGAGGACCACGUGUCGCAGGUGCAGAAGGUGGAGAAGCUCAUCGUGGGGAAGAAGCCGAUUGGAUCCCUGCAUCACGGACUCGGCUGUGUGCUUUCACUGCCCCACCGGCGGCUGGUCUGCUACUGCCGACUCUUCGAGGUUCCAGACCCCAACAAGCCCCAGAAGCUCGGCCUGCACCAGCGUGAGAUCUUCUUAUUCAACGACCUGCUGGUGGUCACCAAGAUCUUCCAGAAGAAGAAGAACUCAGUGACAUACAGCUUCCGACAGUCCUUCUCCCUGUAUGGCAUGCAGGUCCUGCUCUUCGAGAACCAGUACUACCCCAAUGGCAUCCGGCUCACGUCUGCCGUCCCGGGGGCCGACAUCAAGGUGCUGAUCAACUUCAACGCGCCCAACCCUCAGGACCGCAAGAAGUUCACGGAUGACCUGCGGGAGUCCGUCGCUGAGGUGCAGGAGAUGGAGAAGCACCGCAUCGAGUCCGAGCUGGAGAAGCAGAAGGGCGUGGUACGGCCCAGCACAUCCCAGUGCUCUGGCCUCAGGAAGGAGCCAGGCAACGGGACGCUGAGCCGGGCCUGCCUGGACGACAGCUACGCCAGCGGCGAGGGCCUCAAGCGCAGCGCCCUGAGCAGCUCUCUGCGCGACCUCUCUGAAGCGGGGAAGCGAGGGCGUCGCAGCAGUGCGGGAUCGCUAGAGAGCAAUGUGGAAGGGUCCAUCAUUAGCAGUCCUCACACGCGCCGGAGAGCUACAUCAACACGCGAAUGCCCACCUCGCCCACACCAGACUAUGCCCAACUCCUCCUCCCUCCUGGGCUCCCUAUUCGGGAGUAAGAGAGGGAAGCCCCCUCCCCAGGCCCACCUGCCCGCAGCCCCACCGCACCCCUUGGCCGCCCACCACCCAGGACCCCCCGAGGGCCCCAUGCAGCCCCCGGGCCAUGGGCACCAUGCCCAGUACUGCCACCUGCAGCAGAACCCACCCCCCUACCACCACCACCACCACUACCACCCGCCCCAGCACAUCCAGCACGCUCACCAGUACCACCACGGUCCCCACGGGGGGCACCCCCCCUACGGGUCCUACGCUCACAGCCACCUGCCCUCGGCCCACGCUGGCCACUUGGUUCAUGCCGGCCACACCACACACCAUCACGGGCAGCCUCCUGCCCCACCACCACCCACCAGCAGUAAGGCCAAACCCAGUGGCAUCAGCACAAUUGUGUAGACAGCCCGGGCAGGGGGGUUCCUAGACCUCCCGACAGAACUGCACACACAUGGGGGCCCGCCCGGGGCCACCAGCCUCAGACCAGACCCAGGACACUUUGGUUCCCAGCUCCUCCUUCUGCUCCCCAUGGCCUGGACAGAGCCCCACCACCCCACCCCCAGCCUGGCCCGAGGGGCUCGUGCUGGAGGGUCAAGGCUCGGAGUUCAUUUAGUGUUGGCACCCGGGCUCCAUCCAGCCUCAGCCCAAGGAGGGGGGGGCCUUGGCCACCGGCCACAUAGAUGUUGAAGCCCCCCUACACGUACGCGCACACACACACCGCCAACAUAGUAGCGCUCAGCUCCCUAACUGACAUGCAUAUGAAAAACCCCAGCCUAGGAACAGAAGAAACGAGACACAAGCCAGAGACAAAACACAAACCCCAAACUUGCUGCAUUACUGCUCUUUUAUUUGGUAACGGGCAAAAAAAAAAAAAAAAAAAAAAAAGUUGACCUGAUAUGGUUGAUGAAAAUACGUAAGUAAACUUUAUAUAAUAUAAAUAUAUAAAUAUAUAAAUAAAAAAUAUAUAUAUACUGUAUAGUUAGUAUUUGUGUGUGAGAGGGAAGCAUUUCAGUCCAGACAAGUAGCAAUAGGACUCGACAAGGAGCUCCACUUACCUGAUAGGAAGACCCUUAGACAGAUGUAUACAAGAAUAGACCAAAAACUUUAAUGCUAGGAACAUAUUCAGAUAUUCCAUAUUUUCGUAAAAAAAAAAAAAAAAGAAAGAAAGAAAAAGCAGUCCCUCUAGGACUGGCUAAAAACUGUACGCGAUCAUAACUAACUGUGCCAAGUGACAUAGCAUCUAACUGUUAAAAAAAAGAAAAAGUCAGAUAUUGCUUUGUAUAAAUCCUUAUUUUAUUAACAGAAUAUUAUCAUAAGUCUUCAGUAUUAUAACUGCUCUGUGACUUCAGGUAAGCAAAUAGAUACACGAUGCAGUAGCAGCUGGGGCCGCCUAGCCCAGGGCUGGCUGUCUCAGACUGCUAGUUACCCGACUCUUAAGACACUUUAAUGGCUGCGAUAACUGUGAAUCUCCAUGCCCCACCUUUCUUUUCUCCACAUCUGACCGAUCACACACUCAGAGUCCACUGAGCAGGGGCUCACCCCCACCCCCACCCCCACCCCAGCAGACGUCCUCAGCUCCAACAUGAAAGCGAUCAACCUUUCAUCCUGUCUCCUCCAAUGCCAUAACGUCCUCAUCCUGUCCCAGGUGCCCCAGGCAGAAGCUCCCCAGCCUGCAGGUGGAUCGUAGCGUUUAGAAGCCCAGGGCGGUGUGUGUGUUUCCCGUUGUGUUUUCUGAGUGGUAGCCGUGAUGACCAUUGUGAUUCCAUGUAGCCAUGUGCUAGCACAAACCCCCUUCCGCCCCGUGUCAUCACCGUGGCCCAUCCGUGCCCAGCCCAGCAGCACCGGCCUCGCCAGCACAGCCCCCGCCGCUGCCUUCCCAUGGCCCCGUAGCUGCCAGGGCAUCCCAUGGCUCUCAGCUGUGCUCUUGUCGCUUCCGUGUUGUGAUGACACCAUCCGCUCCCACCCCCGGGGCCAGGGCCGUGCUGGGGUCACCCAUGGGGGCCGUGCUUUGCAGUUUCAGCCUUUCGAGCCAUUGCAGCCGCCAGUGCUGUGCUCCUAAGCCGUGGGACCGAGGAGCGCCCGGGGCACCUGCCCGGGUGGGGAGCCCCUUCAGAAAGGGCGAAGCUAAGCCCGGACUCUGCGUGUGGCCAGCCAGGCAGGACAGCAAGAGGACAGAGGGGAGCCUGCCCUGGGCCGACCCCCAACCCCCUGACCCCCAACCCCCAUGUCGUGUCAUUGAGGUCACCAUACCAGCAAAUCUGCAACCCAAGCACUUUGUUCAUGUCCAGAGAGCAGAUCCAGCAAUCCAGAGCCUUCCUGGACUGAGUGACUGGAGCCGGGCUGGGUGGGGGCUCCCCAAGGCACCCUGUCUCGUGGUUUGGAAGGCUGCUGUUCCAGCCAGGCAAAGUCCCACUGUACUGCAUGCCACCUGGCGUGGGUCUCGAGGCCACUCUCUCUGUAUUGUAUAUUUGCAAACUCUUAUCAGUGUUACUGUUGACAAAUAGUUGAAGUAAAGUGAUCACAUGUUAAAUA